AUAGACAGGCUAAUUUUUUGUGUCAUGGAUCCAGUACACUUAGUUUAUCAGUAACGUAGUGAUCUCAAAGCCGGAUGGUUCCUCACUCAUCUCUUGCUCGAUCUAAGUGUGAUAAUAAGACCAAAUCAUGGGUUCCUUGAUGCGAAACAUAGCACUGACGCGGAAAGCAAAACACAUAUCAAUACGACUUCCUCCUUUAAAACUGCCUCACGCAAGAAAAAUUUCAACUCGCUCAAAAGUUUACAAUUCCAGAGUCCAAUCGGCCAACGAAAGGUAGGUAGAUUUAAAUGAUUAUCACAGGUUUAUGGUCAGUACAAAUUAUACUCGUAGUUAUACAGUCGCGGCGGGUGGCAAAGCCCCACGCUCUCGCUUCUCUUUUCGCGUGCGUGCAUGCCACUCGUUCGUGAAUUUACAUGAUGGAGAGCUUGCUUUCAGGCUAGAGGCUAGACUUUCUUAUAGUCCUCCGCUUCUCAAUCCUGGUCCUGGUAGGCUCGCUUUUGCCACAGAAAGCAUAAAAAAAACUACCGCUCGCGAUACUGAAAAAAUUUGAGCUCGACUUGUAGCAGCUUGUAGGCAAGUCUAGCUAGAGGCCUGUUGAGACUUAAGAUGGGUGUUACUGGUGACUUGAGCAGAAGGGGUAGUAGCAAGAGACUAUAAAGGGGACAGAGAGGGCAUCCCCCAUAUACACCCUAUUCCAUAGGUAAUUCGUCUCGAGUUAUUUUUAACACCACAGAUCUCAAGGGGGAUUAGACAACAGCCAAUCACAUAGCGCGAAUGUGUUCCGCGUGGAUGACCCAUGCUGAGAGCCACGCGUCCUUCACGAAAUGACGCAGAACAAAAUGGGGGAAGACGCGGAGAGCGAUUUUGCUAUUCCUUUUGUCGACGAAAACGACUGCAGCGAGAUUUCUGCGAAAGCUGUGUCAGCGAAACCGAAAUUAAAAGAGAAUCGCCCUUCCUCUCUUGUAUACAGCUAACAGUAGAGCAGGGAAAUCCUUAACACACUGAAUAUUCUCUCAGGAUCAUUUAUGAUUUAUAGUUUGAAGAGAGCAAUUUCUGGUUUGAUGUUUAUUUUUUCAGUCUUUAUAGCGAUUAUUCCUACCCACUUACUUUGUCAAUUGUAGGCGAACCCUCCUAAAGCUGAAUUUCAAGGGACCAAUAUUCAAGCUCAGAAAGAGAAAUAAAAUUUCGUCGUUGCUUAUUUACGUCCUCCAUAGAACGCGAAAUUAGGCAUUUUCACGUCGUAGUCGUGCAAAAACGGGAAAGAAAUGAACAAAAAAGUGUGUUGCACGUGCGAAGUUGUUGUUUUGCUAAUUAAACCCAUUGUUUUUUUGACGUUCUAGUUGUCGUCCGCGUCGUUGGAUCUUAAACUCCCUAAAUUGUACAAACGACCGGUUUCAAUAGACCGGCGAAAUUUCUCAUUUUAUGAAAGCACUGAGGUUACGACAACUUCGAGUUAAACUGAUUUCACGGGUUGUCAAAGAGUCCAGCGAUUCCUUUUUCCCAGGUGAGCGCCGACUCAUUUCGCUUCAAUAUUCAGGAAUGCUCUCGAUCUUUUUACGCUUUCAUUGCCUCUCGCCCGACAUGUUUUGCACGGCGUUUGGUCAUGCGAAACCUCCACGAAACAUCCACGCCUCGCGCGAGGUAACUUUAUCCCGAUUCUAAAAAUAACUCGAGACGAAUUACCUAUGGAAUAGGGCGUAUAUGGGGGAUGCCCCCUCUGUCCCCUUUAUAGUCUCUUGGUAGUAGGUACCUCUUUUUACAAAAAUUACUUGUCAAGGUUCUUACGCUCUUCUUUAUCUACACAGCCGUUUUUAGUGUCGUCACCCAACGCUUCUCCCCACAGGAUUUCGGCAUUAAAACCAUGAUCGCGAAUUUUGAUAGUAUGCAAUUUAUGUAAGACUUCAUCUAAUGUCCUAAGCCAUUCCCAUUGGAAGCGGGGUCAAUUGGUCGGGGGAGGGGGUCUGUUGAAAUUCGGGGGGGAGCGGGUAGUGAAAAAGAGAGACCCUCCAGAUUUUAGAUCUCCAGAGCAUUGCGUCAGUCCUGGUUCAUGUCCCGAUCUUUCAGACAUGCCGCAAACUCAUGGGCUCCUGACCGCUUAUGCAUCUGUCAAUUACAGCUGCGUCCAUUCUUCUCCCCCCCUCCCCUCCACCCCUUCCGGGCUAACUCGGGGGCACUAGCAUUUUUUUGCCUUGGAAGGCAAGCUCCCGGGCGCGGGGGCAGGACACUUGAGCCAUCAAAUGCCCCGCGGUGGGAACGAAAAAAGAGACUAUCGCGGAGUCGAGUAGUGCCACUGAAAUUACUUUUCUGUGGGCUUUGUCGUUUCAGUUAACGCCUGACUUUCUACCAAAGACUUAUCAUGCAGCAACACCACUGGUUUUUACUUUUGUUUAAAUGAAUUACAUUAAAUUCUAAUUAAAUUUUAUGAAUGUUAAAAGCUUCAAAGUCAUCAUAAAUCGAUUUCAUUUCAAUAAAUUUGGAGCGGGGGCGGGGGGCUCAUAUUCAUAUUCGUUAGGGCUUAUAAUAGGAUGUAUUAUUUUGUUUGUCGGCAAAGGGCCUAUAGUAGGGGAAUUAAAGGAUCAAUUUAGGAUUCUGGGAAACUGCCCACCUAUCCCUCCCCUAAACCAAUAUUUUGCCCUAAGUGAGAAGUAAGUGUUAAUGUUGAAGGAAGAGGGGGAGGGGGGGUAGGUGGGCAGUUUUCCAUAAACCCAAAAUGAUCCGAAUUAUAAGUGAGGGAGCUAACAAGCGGCAGUUUACGGUAUUCAAUUAGUGUGUCUACAUCGUUACAGGUUAAAGUAUAGUUACUCUCACGGGACUUCUACCAAACCACUACUGGGUGACACAAUUGGAGAAAGAUUUGAUAAGGUUGUAGAGAGGUUCCCAGAGAGGGAGGCAUAUGUCUUCUGUGAGGAUGGACAUCGAGCAACUUUUUCAGAGUUUAAACAUGAGGUAAGAAUAUGCAGUUGAACCUCUCUGCAACGGCCACCUUGGGACAAAAAAAUGGCCGUUGUAGAGGGGUGGCCGUUGCAGAGAUGUCUAAACAAGAGUCAAUGACGUAAUAGAAACGCUUGAAAGGACACUAAACCAACAAUAAAGCACAAAAGCAAAUCAACAUUGGUUUCCACAACACCAAGAAACACCAGCGAAGUAAGAAGAGCACAAGAGUAAACAGGGGUCGUGGAUCUAAAAUCAGCAGCCUCCCUUGCAGACGUUUUCUUGGCACGCCAUGAUAGGGCUCUGACCUAAGCCACGUAGGUCAAGGGCGCACAAGCAGCCGAACGAAAGGUCUGGAACGAGGGUGAAAACGGAGAGUGAGACUAAAAAAGGAAACGCAAAAAAUGCCUUUUUCGCACACCAUUGGGGCGUGUGACAUGGUGCGAGGCUCGCGCGCCGGAUCUCACGGCUGGCACUCCACGCCUUAAAUACCAAUUUUUUUAACCAACUGCUUUGCAAUCUAAGAAAACCAUUGCAAACAUAUAUAAUUCCUGUUAUUAUCUUCCAGGUCGAUCAACUUGCUGUGGGGCUUAUUUCUCGAGGUCUUACAAAAGGUGAUCGAUUGGCAAUCUGGUUACCUAACAGCAAAGACUGGAUCCUUACACAGUUUGCUGCUGCUCAAAUUGGACUUAUACUGGUAGGUGCGUGUUAUCUCGAUAAGUAGGGACCUUAAGAUCCGACGACGGCGACAGCAACGAAAACAUUAAAACAACAACCCAGCACGCACAGCGCACUUUUUUGUAUAUUUCCUUGCCUUUGUUGCACGACUACGACUUGAAACUGCUUAAUUUCACUUGUUAAGCAUGGAGGACGUAAGCAAGGCUGACAAAAUUUUCCUUUUCUUUCUGAAGUUGGAUGUGCAUGGUUCUUAGGAAUUCAACUCCGGGAAUGACAAAGUUGGCGAGUUGGAAUAAUCGCGAUGAAGAUUGAAUGAAUUCGAAUUUAUUACUUUUUAAGGGACGUUUUUUCGCUUGCCGUCCUCUUCCUCGGAUCGUAAAGGUCCCUGGUGUGGAAACGAGAACGUUAAGGGUAGAAGUUAAGGCUUAAAAGGGUACAUUGCGGAAAACUGGCAGCGCGAGCAGUACACUGGGUCCAUAUUAUAUGUGGCAGAGAGUUGUCUCACUGCAUCUCUUCUGGGUUCGUUUUUGACACAGGUUUGUUUAAAUCCUGCAUACCAACAGUUCGAAGCUGAAUACAUUUUAAAGAAGGUAAGUCAGACAAUUAUGUACGCCGGUUUAAGGUAUGUUUUGCAUUUCUUGGUCGUCUUUUCAUUUCUACUCCUGAGUCAGCCUCAUUCCCAGUAGUCCCGGUCAACCUCGUUUCUAAGCUUGUUUGGAGCUAUCGCGCUCGUCCCAAGGCUUUUUCCGCCCACCCGGAUAGCGCGAAUUGGCCUGAGGACUAGGCUGCUCCGUAAUAUUUUUCCGAUUCCCCACACUGGCCAUUUCAGUAAUUAUACAUUUUGUUUUUCGUUUAAAGGCAGGAUGUAAAGCUGUAAUAAUAGCAGAUGAAUUUAAAACACAGAAUUUUUACAGCAUGAUGGCAAACAUAAUACCAGAACUACCUGAGGCAAAACCAGGAAGUCUUUCCAGUACAAGGUUGUUAUGCUCGGGUUGAUACUUAGCCUGUGCCAAAGACGAAGCUAAACUCUGGUUAAUUUACUAACCGAGGUUAAAUUGCGUCAGGGACGCAGGCUAGGUUAUACUAUACUAAUAUUAGUACCGAAGCACACGUACCAACUCCGCAGUAUGACCAUUAUCUUAUGCAUGCGCACAACCACAUCACCCGGGCACAUUGAACAUCUUAACUGAAUACAAAGAGCCGAAAAAUAACAUGUUUCAACUGUGGCUGGUCGCUUACUGGAAACUUCAAGCAAAUUAAAGUAAACGAGUACUACGUAGCUAUUCUCUUUGAGAUAACUUUGAAGCAAUAUUCAGUGAUAAGUAAAUUGAGCAGCUGAUUGGUUAGUUCGUUUUAGACCCCGUUUAUACGCUUGUCCAGUCAAAUUUUUGAACAGACGAAUUUUUUACCUGUGCAACGCGUUUACACGGGACCUACUUCAGAUCAAGUGAAAAACUGGCGGCCUCGUACCCAGGGCAGUUUGCGCUCUCCGAGUUACCAGAGGAGGCUUGGAACCGAGUCCGAUAGCUCGGCGAAUUUUCCCGACAAACUUAACAGGUGACGUCACAUCCGAAAUCGCCGAGGACGACUGGGAACGAGGCUGAAAAACUGGAACAUUUUGCCGUUCAAAAACUGGCAAGGUUCCGCGGGUCCCGUGUAAACACAUGCACUUUUUUGUCAGCUCAAAAAUUUGUCUGGAGCCAUGUAAAGGCGGAAGGCCUUAUUCAUCUCCAUUUUGGACACAUGUGCAAGAAAACGAAAGUAGAUUUAAGUCAGUACAUGGACAAGAUGGGAAGUACAUAGGGUAUAACAAAAAACAAAAAACGUUAGAUAAUUCAAAGUUGAACUUACUUGAAGUAUUCAAUCACACUCAGCCCACACACACAGGCCAGGCACACACGCAAAAACUGAUUUCAGCUUAGCUUGAUUUAAGUAAAAGCCUGUCCGGAUCUGUUGACAAAAGUAAAAAGGUGAUUCUUAUCCUAAAGUGCUUUCGUUUUGACAGUAUUUGAAAGCUGGUUGCGUAAUUUUCUUAACUCUCCUUUUUGUUUUUGUUAUAACUUAGACUGCCGGAGCUGAGAGAUGUGUUUAUUGCGAACAAAACUAGUGAACCAUUCAGGUCAGUAUCUCAUACACCACAGUCGUUUACCAUACGUCUGGUUGUAAAAACAAUCUAGGUUUUCAUUGCUGCAGUAAAACAAGCAUUGGCAGAGCAGUCAGCGGUGUUAAAGGUCUGAAGCGAAUUAACAACGAAGCCUUUCAUUUCACCUAAAAGUAACGAAAAUACAGGUGGAAAAUUAUAGGGUUACGAGACUUUCACAACGGGAUACAGGAUGUUUAGACAAGAGAUUUGGGGAAAUGGAGUGUCAAAGAAGCCUUCCUUGACUAGAACAAGAGGUAUGUAUAGUGAUCGAUAAGAAAUACUACAGAGCUGGAGCAAAAUACUUACAAAUAAGAUUGUUUGCAUUUUUGUGUCGAAUAUUAACGAGUUUGAGCCCUCGCAAAGAGUCUCCUUUUAAGAAGAAAACCCUUCGCUUUCCUCAAAAUGACGUCACCAUAAACAGUUUUUGGUAUUAUAGGGAUACAAAGCAUUGUAAACAAAGCGGUUUUGGAAAUUCAGACCAUAGAUUUAAUGGAUACGAGAUACGCAUGCGCAGAGCCCCCUUGAUGGAUCCUCGAGGAGCUUAUUCAAGAUGUAUUCUAUUUGCUUAGCAGGCCCUUGCGUGGGAAGUAAUGGGCUCAAGAAAGAACGGGACGCGCAAUGGAGAUACUCGAGACACCCUUCCCUCGAGUGUCUUCCUCGCUCGGCCCUUCCUUUCUUGCGCCUUCUUUGAGCGUUCUUUCAAGCGCCUGUUACGCAGGCUGAGUGUAUUAAGGAGAUGAAACACUCUCGCAAAUUGCACACAGUAAGAAGUAACGUAAAUGUACGAGUUAAUUAAAAAAGGUGGCCCAUUGUCCAAAAUCCCGCUGAGAAUGAUUGGUAAAUGUGAUUAAACCUGACAGGGGAACUACUCCAUUUAAAGAGCUGAAAAAUGGAUCUGUUGAUGUAGAUGUUUUACAAAAGAUGAAGGAGCUAAAGAGGAUGAUACAGUUUGAUGAUCCUGCUUGUCUUCUUUUUACAUCGGUGAGUCCACAAACAGGUUUUAUCUCAAAAAACUUAGAGGAUUUCGAAAUAAAAAUGCGCUUUGGUUCAGAGCAUUGGAGUGGGGUGUUACAGUGCGACUACUUCGAACCCGCUGGGCUCUUAGAAGAAGAUUAUCCAAUCACAACGUUUUUCGAAAGCAAGAUUCUCAAGUUUUUUUUUCAAACGAAAUAAUAACAUUUAUAAAUUUGAGGGCUCUUUCCUGGGAGGUGAGGUGCGUUCAAACGGUUUUAAAGUUUUCAACGGUUGGAUAGUUGAACCUUGAUGUUAUUUGGUCCGUUUGCAAAAAAAAAAAAAACUUGAGAAUCUAUUGCUUUCAAAAAAAACGUUGUGAUUGGAUAAUCUUCUUCCAAGUGCCCCGGUUCAAAUAGUCGCACUGUAAUGUCCCCAUCACCUGGAGGCGAUCGGCGAGGUCAGGUGUAAUUCGCGGGCUGAAUUCAUUUUUUCUGUCUUGUGUUUAUGCCUGUCAUUUUUGUCCUAGAUUCAGGGUUUUCGGGAGAAAGAUCAAUUGUAUCAGUCCGCCGAUACAUAAAGAUACUAAAAAAAGAAGACAACUCCGACAUUUACCUGGCAAUUCAAAUGGAAACUACUGGGCAGUAGCCAUAAUACUGUGACUCGUUCCCAGUUUUUCCCCAUACCUAAAAUCUUUAUAUUUCGAAUUUUAUGCAACAAUGCCGAUGCUCAUAAUUCGAGCUUGGGCUACCUGUGGUUUGCUAAGCUAUACAAAGUGGUUUCGCUGACUAAUUCUGAGGAUGGAGUACUGAUUAUAAUUACUAAAUACCAGGUUCUUUAAUUUUCAAAAUCACGUAACAAGACGGGACAUUGUUUGUGUGUUAAUUCUGCAGGGAACAACUGGACAUUCCAAAGGUGUUACGUUGACUCAUCAUAAUUUAGUGAACAAUGCUGUGCUGGUGGGAGAGAACAUGAACUUCCAAGAGGUUAGAGAAGAAAUAGUUUUCUUCUUGAACAGGAGAGUAAAACGCUGGGAGGCGUGCUCAGUAAUCAGACAUAAAAUUAUGACACAGUUAAGACGUUUUAUUUCCGACCGCAUCAGACGAUUCCUACUUUGUCAAUUCUUGUAACACGAGAAAAAAUCCUCCCAGUCAUGUACCCAAUAGAGGCAGUUGCAAGAAAGAGCCUAAAAAAGUUCAGGCUUAAACUGGUUUCAAACCCAUGACCUCUGCGUUUUUCUUGCAGGGACCCGUUUCUCCAAAGUCCCGAUAACUUUUCGGGCCGGAAAUCAAAUAUUCAAUCGAAAUAAAAAGAAUAAGAGGCAGAGCGCGGGUCCUAGCUAGCAAAAUACUCCAUUUUGUUUCAUUAACUGAUAGUUUUAUCAUGUUAGAUGUCAAACUAUUGAAACUUCUAUCUUGCAUGUAAACAACAACAGCGGGACUUUCGAGAAAUGGGCCCCAGUGCUCUUACCACUAAGCUAUCGUGCCAACUGGGAUCUGGCAGUUGGUCCCUUUGGUCAAUUCCUGUUGUUCAGAAGCUUUGUUUACAAUUUUAUGCUGUUAACAAACUGAACAUGGCUUACGAAUCUACCUUAACCCUUUAAGCCCUAAGAGUGAUCAGCAUCAAAUUUCUCCUUGUAAUAUCAAUGCUUUGUAAGACAGAGUGGUCAUGAGAAUUACGGACAUGAUCACACAAGAUGAAUUUGUUUGAUAUUUUCUAAACUUCUCCCCACUACUUCCGUAGGAAAUGAAUAGGGGCAACAAAUGAGAAUUCAACUUUUGAUCCUAGGGUUUAAAGGGUUAACUUUGACGUUUUUGUCUUUCUUUGUAUUCAGCCGGGAAGAGUAUGUUCUCCUUGGCCUCUAUUCCACUGUGCUGGUCUCUCUGUUACCAGGUUAUAAUGUUUUGUACUCUUUUAGUUACUUUGCCAUUUGAAGACCUGCAAUAUUCAAAUUCAUUUCUUUAAAGGUCUCUCUGGAUUUCUCUGCUUUCCACCUUCUAGAUAAAAGGGAGUUUUAGCAUCGACGACGGCGGAGGCAGCGAAAACGUCACUUUUAAAAUGAAUAAGCGUUUUUUCAAACUUUGUUGCGUUUAUUCCAGUUCGCUGAAAAAGUCUAAUGUAGGCAAGUUUCCCUAGAGUUGAUUUCUUGGGAACCGCACUCAAGUUUAGAAAGAGAAAGAAAAUUUCAUUGUCGCUUGUUUAGGUCCUCCAUAAAACGCGAAAUUAGGCAUCUUCACUUCGUAGUCGUGCAGUAACGGCCACGAAAUGUACAAAAAAGCGUGGUGCACGUGGAACUUGUUUUGCCAUUGCUGUUUUGAUGUUCUCGUUGCCGUCGCCGUCGUCGUUGGGAAAACUCGAAAGUGAGGCUGCCACAUUAUCAGGUUGUGGGCGACCAAUUAGGCUGAAAACUGAAGACGUCUUUAUUACGACAACAGUCAUAAUCAAGGUAAACUAAAUGAUUGUUGAAGUCUUUAAAUAAUUCGUUUAUUAUUGAGGUGUUAAACGUUUAUACGGAAACUCAUAACUGUUCAUUUUGUAAGUCUGAACUUUAAUCCAUUUUCGUGAAAGUGAUACGUAGGAUGUUUUCUUUUUAAUUUGUGUGUAGGCAUUACGGGACAGUCUUUAUAAGCUCAGUUUCCUACAUUAUUUAAUAAUUCCGCCAAAUAAAAAUUGCCUUUAUGUUUUGGUGCAGCAUGGUUUGCAUGGAAUGGGGAGCAACUGCUGUCUACCCAUCUCGUGGAUAUAACAGCACAGCUACUCUGAAGGCUGUUCACGAUGAGAGGUAAGUGAGUUUUCAUUGACAAUUACGAACAUGUGUGGCAGUGCAACUAGCUAGCAUUUUAGUCACAUUUGGCAAACUAAGAGAAUUGUUUAUCCAUCCAAAGACUUUUUUUUGCACGCUUUGCUGUUCAUUGGGUAUUGGCUUAGAAUUACACAGCUUGUCUCGUUACCCUGUGCCUAAUCAUCUAUUUGCUUCUUAUUUUACAGGUGUGAUACUCUGUAUGGAACCCCCUCAAUGUUCCUUGAUGCCCUCGCCAAUCCUGAUUUGGACAAGUUUGAUCUUUCCACUCUACGAAAGGGUAUUGAACAAGCGACAAGUGUAACCUGCCUAGCAGGCGCUUGCAAGUAAUAUGGGCGCAAGAAAGAACCUGGCGCGCGAAGGAACACUCGAGAAGAGAUGGGGCGUGUGUCCGUCGCGCACUCCGUUCUCGCUCUCACUGAUAACUUCCAAGCGUCUGCUACAAAGGGUAAAAGAAGUGGUCAGGAAAUGUAGCGCAAUAAACCAUGAAAACAGGCAGUACUUGCUCAAUAGCUCUUGAGUAAAUGAUCACUCAUGAUUAAGAAAACCUUUCUGGGAGAGUCCGAUUCUAUAUAUAAAAAAGUUAUGCUUGGCUUCGAGGCUAAGAGGAACAAAACACUUCUCUCGUUCCAUUUCUUUCGCUUUUUUCCUUAGCCUCAAACCAAAGAAUUUCAAUGCACGGAAAUUAGCCUGAACACACAUUUUUCCUGUUCAUUAUAGAGCAGAAUCAGAGAAACAUCCAUCCACACUUUCUAGCAAAAUUGUCGAAUUUGUGUCUUUCUACUGACUUGUAGGGCUCACUGGAGCAUCAUCGUGUUCUGCUGAACUAAUGAAGCAAGUUGUAUCCACUUUGAAAAUACAAUUAACGGUAAAUUUCUUUUUAUGUUUUUUAUCCAGUUGCUUGUAUACGUACGUACAGUAAAACCUCGAUAUAACGAACCUCUAUGCAACGAAGUCCGUGAUAUAACGAACGAUUUUCUUGACCCCAGUAACGGUAAAAUAUAUGAGAAAGAAUCUCGAUAUAACGAAACCUAGUUAUAGCGAACAAAUCUUGCCACCCCCUUGGCCCUUCAUUAAAUUGAGGUUCCACUGUAGUAUGGUACUAAAGCUUAGUGGAAUUUUUAAGCACUCGUCCAAAAAGCAAACAGCAGGGUGGACGAGCUCACUCGUGUUAGAUAACAGACUGAACUCAACCAUAAAAUCAAGAUGGCGACUGCAUAACAUUAGGGAGCGUAAGCAACUACGACGACGACCACAACGACGUCUUCAAAAAAACAAUAGCUUUAAUGAUCAAAACAACAGCUCUGCACGUGCAUCACGCUUUUUAUUUAAUUUCCUUGACGUCCACUUUACGGCUACGACGUGAAACCUCCUAAUUUGCCGUUUUAUGGAGGACGUGAACAUACGACGACGAAUUUUCCUUCCUCUUUUUUAACUUGAAUAAAAUCCUUAAGAAUUCAACUCCAGGAAAAGUCGCCUGCAUUUGAAAUAUUGAGCGGGUCCAAAUAGACGCGAUUAAGUUUGAAAGAGAGCAAAUUCAUUUUUACCGACGUUUUUACUGCCGUCGUCGUCGUCCUUGCUUAAGGUCCCUAAUUACAACUCGCGGCCACGCCAUGCUUACUUGACUCUCUUGAUCUCUGACGUUUUGUCGCAUAUCAAUAGGCCACUGUUAAGAAACAAUACUCACGAGAUAUACUAAGUCGCAUAUCCGGGGCAAGGCGUACAGCAGUCGAAGCAUCUGUCCAAAGGUACGGCUGCCACAGUCUCAGCAAUAUGCCUUUACGUAUGCCUAGCUUCUGGUGAAGUAAACCUCCUGUGGGUACCUACUAAUCCAUUUAUGACGCCCCGAAACGGUUCUUUGCGGGACCUUUUUCUGAUGGCCUUCAUCAAUCACACCUGUCAGCUGAAUUUUCGCUUUUCACCUAUUAAUUGUAAACUUAACUUCUUUAUUUGUUGGUAGAAUACUUGUACCCUUUUCCGUGUUAUAGAUUGUCUACGGCUGUACAGAAUCCAGCCCGUUGGUUUCUGGAACAUCAAUAGCCAGUUCAGACGAAAAUGAAUUGUCCACAGUGGGAAAGGUGUUUCCACACACAGAGGUCAGAUGUGUCCACUGUUAAAGCGACUUCCUUUCACCCAAAUUAAAGUAUGAUUCAGAGUAUAAAUACAAACCAUGAAAACAACACAGGAAUUGAAUUAGUGUCCUCUGCAAACAUGCAAUCUAUGCAGUGUUUUUAAGGGCCUGUAAAAUGCCUCGAUAAAUUGAGUUCACUUGCAAGCAUUUUUGAAAGGAUGUGGUAGAAGUGUAAUUACUCCUACAUUUAUGAUCGUGCCAAUCACUUUGAGAGCCUCUUAUAAGCUAGUACUUCAAGACUUCGUUAAAGAGAAGCUGCUUAAUUUACGUGUCAACGUAUUUAGCACGACCCUACCAAUUGACGAUACUCUUUUUAAGUCUUUUUCUGGAGAUCUGUCGGCAUUUCUACGAGCCACGCGAUCACCUGGCCAUUUCUAGGGCAAAGCCAAAACCUUCAUGCCGUCUUAUUUAACACCCCGAGUAUUGGUCCGGCCCAGAUAGUCUAACCCAUGUCAGUCUAGCGCUCUACCGACUAAGCUAACCUGCUUGAAGUCCCCAGCCAUCGCCGGGCUUUAUUAUCUUCAAACAAGUAGUAUCCUUAGAACAGGACAAAAUGCGUUCUUUUUACCUUCACGGUUACCUCAGAAUUUCGGGGUUACCGUGUGUAUUAAAUUUGUUUUUCCGUCCAGAUAACUUUAAGGAGAAAAACGAAAAUUAUGCAAUCUCCCUUUCCGUACGCGGCGAUUACUUUAGUUGUGUCCGCGACAACAGUGGUUUUUGUAGCCGCUCGGGAAAAACAUCUUCGAUUCCAUUCUUCUGGCGUGUCAGUAAUUAUCAUUGUUUCUUUCUUUCUUUCUUUUUUUCCUUAAUAGAUAAAAAUUGUGGACAGGGAGGGGAGUGUAGUGCCGGUCAAUACCACCGGGGAAGUUUGUAUCCGAGGGUACUGCGUCAUGAUGGGAUAUUGGGGGGAGAAAGAACAGACGGAGAAAGCUGUGGGACCGACCGGAUGGUUACACACCGGGUAGGAGUCCACGAGUAAAGUACGGUCUGUUACUCAUGCUUAGCUUGCGUGACUGGGGUGGAAGGAGGGGAUCAGAUGAGAAGAGAGGGGAAAAGAGAGAGUGGAUUGGGGAGAGACGCCUGUUCACUUCUGCGGACCUUGUCCGGCUGGUAUCCGCAGAUGUCUGAUUGGCUGAGCUACAAUGAGUAACUUAUUGACAUGUAUUAAGUAAGAAACAACCAUGAUACAGGCUUCCUCUCCCUUCUUCCUUUCGAGCUUUUCUCCCUUCCCCCUUCCCAUUUUUACGCCUGCCAUCCAUGCUACACAUGCCUGGAUCAACAUGCAUCCGUCAAUUAUUUUGUCGUGGUGAAGUGUUGAAGAAAGAGAGAAUAGUCGGAGAAAAUAGCUCCCAACCCUACCGGGUGAGGUUCCUCUAGAGUAUUGACUAAUAAUAUCCCGGAAAAAAUAUGUUUCUGGAGUAUUAUUGAAAGUGGGAAGUGGCAGUGGUCGACUCUUGAUAUGGGGGAAAAAGUCCGUGAAUAUACCGUGUCUUUUGAUACCCCUGGGGAAAUAUGUAAAGGGCAAUUGGGUUAUGAUACGAGGACUUCACUCCUUGGUGAUUCGGUUUUGUGGAUGCGCUUUUCAGCUUUCUUAGUUUUUCGUUUCAAAAUCUAAGAAUAAUAUUAACACAUGUCAUUUCACUUUUGUCAACAGCGACCUCGGGACGAUGGAUGAGCGUGGCUACUUGAGAAUUGCAGGAAGACUUAAGGUAAACGUGCAGGUUGAGCUGUCCAGCAUCUGACAUUCAAGAAACAGAAAGUAACGCAUUUGUAAAACUACGCUUACAUAAACAUACCAAUGCAGCACGGAAGUAUAAUCACUUACCGGUCUGUUGUUUGUUAUUCAGUCAGUGAAUCAAUCAAUCAAUCAAUCAUUAAGUCAGUCAAAUUGUCAGUGAGUCAGUCGGUCAAUCAGUCAAUCCGUCAGUGAGUCAGUGAGUCAGUGAGUCAGUAAGUCAAUCAGUCAGUGAGUCAGUCGGUUAAUCAGUCAGUGAAUCAGUCAGUGAGUCAGUCAGUCAAUCAGUCAGUCAGUCAAUCCGUCAAUCAGUCAGUGAAUCAGUCAGUCAGUCGGUCAGUCAGUCAAUCAGCUAAUCAGUCAGUCAGUCAGUCAGUCACUCAGUCAAUCGAUCAGUCCUUAUGACCGUCUCAUACCUGUUGUUUGUCGGUCUAUCUGCACUUUUUAGUCCUCCACGUUUAGUGCUAAUCCCUCAUUCAGUAUUCUUACCUACGUCUCAAUUCAUCCAACAGGAUUUAAUUAUUCGAGGAGGGCAAAACGUUUAUCCAGCUGAAGUAGAAUACUUUCUGCAUACUCAUCCAAAGAUACAAGAUGCCCAGGUAAAACGCAUUAUUGAGGCAGGGGUAUGUAAGGCUUACUGCAAAAUAUCGUGAUUUUUCAGUGGCGAGCAGAUCAAUUAUUUGCCGAGUUUGUUUUUUAAUGAAUACAGUCGUGGAUUGCAGGCGAUCUCCCAUUUUCACGCCAGAGCAAGAAGGAGAAACGCGUGGUUUCACGUUUACGCACGAGCAGAAUAUUAUUUGCAGCCAAGCACAGUUGGACGACACUGGGCAUAAGCAGACGAUUAUUUCUCGGCAGUUAUUUGCAGGUCACGGGGUGGACCCACGGCCAAUGAAAUGGAAGGAAAACAAAUAAAUAAAAUAAAUAAAUAACGAUCUUAAGGUAGCACAUCCACUAAGUGGUUCUUCGUCUGCGCGAUUCCUGGUCGAAUUGGAAAUUAAAAAGGGUUGGUUUUUAAGGGGAGGGGAAAACCGGAGUACCCGUAGAAAAACCUCUCGGAGCAAAGGAGAGAACUAACAAUAAACUCAACCCACAUGUCGCGUCGUCGCCGGGAUUUGACUGCGGGCCACAUUGGUGGAAGGCGAGUGCUCUCACCACUGUGCUACCCUUGCUUCCAAAUUUGCAUCGAAUGAUGAAAGAAUUUAAUGAUCUUCGAACUUUCUUGUUUGAGGUUCGAAUCUAAAUUAGGGUCUUAAUCAAUCCAAUACUCCUCAGGGUGGCCCGACUCUGCUAUGUUCGCUAUGUUCAUCUAAUGCCAGAUUUUCUUUGAUCGAUAAGGUGAUAAGUGUGCCGGAUGAGAGACUUGGAGAGGAAGUGUGUGCUUGGAUCAAGUAAGUUAACUUGCCUUUAAGCUUGGGUUAUAGUUCCAACUGGCCAUAUUCGUCAUGGAUUCGUUCAAACAUAUACAUCGUACUAGAGAAGACGGAAAGCAGUGGAAAGCAAUAAAAGUCUUUGGACAAAUCUGCGUUUGUGGCGCGUUUUUAUACUCAAUAAGCAGCACAUGCCCAGUUCCAACCCCCACCCUACAUCAUAUUGAAUCCGUGUGCCGACACAGGUUUGGGGAGGGGUAACUGCAAGACAUUUUUAAAAAUAGCACCGCUAGCAUCCUUUCCUAAUGUAUCACUGAUUUAUCGUCAGGCUAUGGAAAGGAGAAACUAUGACUGCUGGAGAAUUAAAAGACUUUUGUAACGGUCAGGUAAGGCCUGUUUAUCGAAUUUCAUGGCCCUCGGUUACAGAUUCGCAGGGUUUCCACAGCCAGAUCUUUACUAGUAAACGAUUAGUUGUAUUUUCUCUAGAGUGCUCAGUACAUGUAUUGAAAAAUACCAGAACGUUUGCAAGAUAUCAUCUUAAACCCACAGACUUUCGAAAGAAGAUACGGUAAAUAAUAUUCAAAAUUCUCACCUUCUCAUUUGAGAAACUUUUUUAUGCGGAAAAACAGGACAAUUCUUUAUCAUUUUUGGUAAGACUGUGUAGUUUUGAACCCCAUUUACAGAACAUGAGGGAUAUUUACUUCCUGGACGUGAAUUGAGUAUAAGUUUAAACAGGUCCAAUGUUAUUAUACGUCGAAAUAAAGAACGUACCAUUUCCCGCGUGAUGGCCUGUGAUGCAUCCUUUUGGCGCAUCUGAUUUGGCAAUGUUUAUUCGACAGAUUGCUUAUUACAAGAUUCCUCGUUACAUUAAAUUUGUAGACGAGUAUCCAAUGACAGCUUCUGGAAAGGUGAGCGAAAUGAAAGUCAUUUCCUUGAAGAUGGAUUGUUAGGUCACGUUAGUAGACGUUAUGAUACUAGUCACGUUUUAAAAGACACGUUAGUAGCAUAGUAGGUACUGUUUUAGACCCGUUAGUAGCAUAGUGGGGACUCUUUUAUGCCCCUUCGUAGCAUAGUAGGGACUGUUUUAGACACGUUAAUAGCAUAGUAGGGACUGUGUUAGACCUGUUAGUAGUAUAGUAGGGACUGCGUUAGACGCGUUCGUAGCAUAGUAUACAACUAUUCCCUGAAGGGGAGGUGAAUAGCUAGACGCGAAGCGUCGAGCGAGGUAUAUAUCUAGCGCCAUGAACCGACCCUGAGGGGGAUAGUUGUUUUAGUAUUUACCAAAUCAGUUGGGUAAAAAUGAAAAAAGUAACUUUUUGCAAAUUAAAAACGUCACUUAGUAGGAACUUUGGUAACAAUUUACCAACAUUUCGGGGAUUUUGUCAAGUGCAUUUUUACGAUUUUGUUGCGAAUUCAGCAUGAAAAUAAUUUUCUACCUACCCGUUAACACUGACAAGUCAAAGUUCGUCGCUUUCUUUGUAGUUGUUUGUAGGACUGCUUCGUUUUAAAAAUUAACGCUCAAAUUUCAUCUUUCGAAAAUAUUUCGAACGAGUUACGGGAGCCAAUCAAAAUGCGCGAAAAUUGCUAUUCACUGAUUUGGUAAAUAUUAAUAAGGACUGUUUUAGACACGUUUUUAGUAUAGUAGGGACUGUUUUAGACACGUUAGUAGUAGAGUAGGGACUUUUUAAGACCCGGUAGUAGUAUAGUAGGGACUGUUUUAGACACGUUUGUAGUAUAGUAGGGACUGUUUUAGCCGCGUUUGUAGUAUAGUAGUGACUGUUUAAGACCCGGUAGUAGUAUAGUAGGGACUGUUUUAGACCGUUAGUAGUAUAGUAAGGACUGUUUUAGACCCGGUAGUAGUAUAGUAGUGAUUGUUUUAGACCAGUUAGUAGUAUAAUAGGACCCGUUUCAAGUAUAGAAGGGACUGUUUUAGACUCAUUAGUAGUACCGUGAGAAGCCACGCGUGAGUGGUACUCGAAAGAAGAAGACGCCUCGUGGCUUUGUAGCUUGCUAAGCACUUGAAAUGGAGAGCUCCCUCUCAGGCUAGGAGAGAGAAUCUAAUCCCCUGAGCCUAUAUCAACUGCACCAUAAUCUCAGUAAAAAGGAUUUUCAGCCUGUUUUUAUUAAAGUGAUUUGGUCCACAGAUUCAUGAUUAAUUGUAGUUUCCACCUUUUAAGAAAACCAACAGCAUCGUUGGAAAAAAGAAACUACCCCGAACCGUUCAUCUGAAUGUUCAUACUUGAGGAUUCCAUACAUUGCCUCAAAAAAGUGUACUUCGACCCUGUUUUAGCAACUAAUAGUUCGACGAAAAAGUACUUUACAUAAUAGUUUCCCUUCGGAUUAGCAAACGUUUCAUUUACUGUGUUUAUUAACGAAUCCACCCGGUGAUUGACAAGGAGGCACCACCCUUCCAUCCGGGGUCCUUAUCAACAGUAUGUUAUAGUUAGUUGUCGUUUUCUUCCAUUUUUUCCUCACGCCUUUCACCUUGUUUUUAGGUUAAGAAGUACGUCAUGAAAGAACAAGCAGCAGAAGAGUUUCAAUCCUAUUUAACGUAAGAAAGGCAAACAGCAAAUUGUGAAUAAGGUUGUGCACACCGAAAAUGACAGCUAGCUUUCUCCCUUCGCUGAAAUCAAAAUAAGGAAAUUAGGGGUGAAAUUAUAACCUCACAUGUAGAAAUGCACCAGGGCAGGAAGGGAAGUUAGGAAGAGCACAAGAAAAUUAUUUAGAAAUCCAAAAUUUGGUUCAUUUUACAUCUUGUAGA